AGGGCUUUCAGUCACUGACAAACUGUGGUUGUGCGAGGGUGGAUAAUCAUCUUCCAAAUUUUCUCUUGGAAUAUUUCCUGCCCGCCAAUUUGCAUAUCGUUACAUGCAAGACAUUUUUCUUUUUCGCAAUGAGACUCGAGUAAAGUGAGGCACGCGACAGUUAAAAUCGUCCGUGGAAAAGUAAAUUGCGAAUUGUUGAUCGAUCGUUAAAAAGUAGCAAGAAUGUCUAGUGCGCCGCUGUCUAGCGGAUUGAGUAAGCUCAAAAAGAAACAUUUUCGCGUUAAGCAUCAGAAGGUUAAACUUUUUCGUGCAAAUGAGCCGCUUCUCAGCGUUUUCAUGUGGGGUGUCAAUCACACGAUAAAUGAACUCAGUCAUGUCAACAUACCAGUGAUGCUGUUGCCAGAUGACUUCAGAGCGUACAGUAAAUUAAAAGUUGAUAACCACCUCUUUAAUAAGGAAAAUAUGCCUUCACAUUUCAAAAUAAAAGAAUAUUGUCCUCUGGUUUUUCGAAAUUUACGUGAAAGAUUCGGCAUCGAUGACUUGGAUUACAAAGAAUCAAUGACCAGAUGUCGAGCAUUUAAUCCUUCAAGAGCAAAAAGGCGUUCAAAUUUAAUGGCUACUUCUGGAAGGAAUCAUCAUUUGGUACAACGUUCUGCCACUGUUCCUUCGAUAACAAUAUCCCCUCCUACUAUUUCUCAAAUUCCAGUUUCAAAUAAGCAGCAUCGAACCUACAGUUUUAAGCCAAAGCGACUGAGAUCUCAACCUACUCUGGAUGAUUCUUCAGGGAAAAGUGGCGCCAAAUUCUACCAGUCGUAUGACAAAUUGUUCAUUAUCAAAACACUCACGAGUGAAGAGGUCGAAAGGAUGCACUCCUUUUUGAAGCACUAUCAUCCAUACAUAGUGGAGCGACAUGGAAAAACACUUUUACCACAGUAUCUUGGAAUGUAUCGACUUACUGUUGAUGGGGUGGAACAUUAUGUUGUUGCGAUCAGAAACGUUUUUUCAAAUCAUCUGACCACCCACAAAAAAUUUGAUUUGAAAGGAUCUACUGUAGAUAGGGAAGCUUCUGACAAGGAGAAGGAGAAAGAUCUUCCUACAUACAAAGAUAAUGAUUUUGUAAAAGAAGGAAUGAAAAUUUACAUUGGCGAGGAGGCGAAAGAGAAACUCAUAGAAACAUUAACCGCUGAUGUGGAUUUCUUAACGCGAUUACAUUUAAUGGACUAUUCCUUACUUCUUGGAUUACACGAUUGUGUACGAGCUGAACAAGAAAAUCGAGAACGGGCUGAAAGGGAGGAAGAUGAGGAUAAUCAUGACGACGAGGACGACAGUGAAUCUGGCAGUGGAUUAGACUCUCGGGGUAACGCUGUCGGAGAUCGCUUAUGGGGCUGGGGUGGUAUUAUAGGAAUGGCGACACCCCCAGAAUCUCCUCACGCGGCCCUUAUGCGUGAAACAAGCUUGCAGUAUGAAGAUGCAAUAAUCCCAGAACUAGAUAUUUAUGCCAUUCCAAGUAAAGAAGGUGCACCUACGAAAGAAAUAUAUUUCCUUGCUAUAAUUGAUGUCUUGACUCAUUAUGGUGUCCGUAAGCAGGCAGCGAAAGCUGCUAAAACUGUCAAAUAUGGCGCAAAUGUUGAUGGAAUUUCUACCUGUGAUCCUGAACAGUAUGGAAAACGAUUCAUAGAAUUUAUGAGCAAAGCAAUAGAAUAAAUAAAUUUCGUGUUUUUAAUAUCAGAGACUCUUGACGUAUAGGAAACAACGCAGUUCUACGUCCAGUUCGUUUCGUAGUCACUAUAGAAUGAUAUUUGGCAAGACUGGAAAAUAUAUAGCAAUUAGGCAGAUUACAACUUUUUUCGGUCUGCCCGAUUCUAAAUAAUUCACGACACUUUCUUCGAGACCCAAUACUAGUCAAAAUCACUUCUCCCAAAAACAAAAAAAAACUUUAUUCAAAUUAACACUGCAAAACAAUUCUGUCGACGAAAUCAAACGCUCUUUAAAAACUAAUACGUUCAAAACUAAACAAGUUCUUCGAAAUGGAACAUUUCACUUUUAAACACAAAACACUUGGAAUAGCGAUGAAACUAGAAAACUAUUCUAGUGGGUUCCAACAUAGUUUUAAAUGAAUGAAUUUAUUGAUGUUGUGUAUUUGUAGUGCUUUCAGAAAGACUACUUGUAAAUCUUAUUAAAAACUGAAUCAAACACAACAUCUCUUUUUAAAAAAAAUUAUAUUUGGAUUGUUUUGUCGAAUUAUUCUCCGAAUUUUUUAAAUUUGCUUUAAAAAGAAUGAAAUGAUCGAAUGUCAAGUACUCGCAUAUCUCAAACAGAAAGCAUGGCUUUAAAUAAGUAAAAAAUUUCGGUGAAUAAUUGUAAGAAAAAAAUGAAAUAUUUGAAAGGGGUUUUCGAGUUAUAAUUCUUUGGAAAAAUUUUUUGCUUUCCUAUUUUUUUUAAGGAUAACUGUUAUUUUUAUCUGGAAAGCGUAAAUUAGGAGAAAGAGGUAGAUAUUGCUUGCUAAAAUAUUUAGCGAGUGUUUUAGAAUUGUGAAUUCUGUCCGGUUAAAAAAAGCUCAAUGAGAGACUGGUUUUGCCAAUAACAAUCUUUUGAAAAGCGAACUUUUCUGCUGGUUCCAGAAAUGCCAGCGGCACUUGAUUAUUAAUCACAUUUUUCGAUUAAUCAAAAGCAAUUGUACUACAAUUGAUAAUUAUUAGUUUUACCUAUGAAAGGUACUCGUCUAGUCUCGAUUCAAAUACUUUGUAUGAUUUUCUAUGUUGCCAAUGUAUUGAAUAAACUCGAAGCGAAAAAGAAAUAUCACUUGUCAAUAGCAGUGUAUUAUAAUUGUAUGGUUUUUAUUUUAAUUAAAGUGAAAAUGCGCUCAACAAAA